AUGAAGGGUUCUGAAGCUCGUGAAAAUGCGUUAAGAAAAAUACGUAAAAAGCUAUUAAGUCGUCAAAAUUACCAAACGGGUGCGCUGUACGGAAAGCUAACAAUCAACAUCUAUUUGCGAAUUUUCUCACUUGUUGGGACUGUAGACUUGUGCAAUUGCCAUUUAGUAUGCAAGAAAUUUUAUGAAUUAUGUCGCUCAAACACCAUCUAUAUAAAAAAGCUACUUUCGAUGGAGGCAUGGGACACUGCGUUGUCGAAGUCAUUAUACUUAGAAUCUAGAAGUGGGGGAAUGUCCAGUGAAGGAAUGUCGAGUAGUGUUGAAAAGACCAAGGGUUCACAAAGUGAAAGUACUUCUAGUUACGGUGCUAUGGAGAAAUCGAUUGGAACAUUACCACAUUCUUUGUUAGGCACACUGCCAGAAAACGAAACGUCUUUACCAAUAGCGGUCGAUUACUAUACACCACAAGGUAGAGAAGAUGUGAUGCAUGUAUUCGACAGAGUUAGUCACCGAAUUGAAAUGGCGCGACUAGAUUACAUUCGUGUUUGGAGAACACUAGCUCCAAUGUACCGAAAUUUGGCCUACGCUAGUAAUACAUUAGACCCGAUAGCUUUUUCUUCCUUCCAAACGCCGGAAGAACAAGCUAUUGUCUUAAAGUUUUUACUUCGAUUUGGUAACUCUAAACCUUACGGAUGGCUUGACUCAUCUAUGCAGAAUGCAAUUUUAGAUAUGGCCGUUUUGUUUGAGCAGGCUUGCCUAGAUGAGUUAGCGCUCGGUAUAGAUUCCCGAAACUUGGAGCUUGUUUCCCAAUUUUCACAUGUACUGCAUGAUUUUUCCAAGCCAAGUGUGUAUGUUCAAUUAUACAUGUCAAAGCAUAGAGAUUAUCUACAAUCGUACUUUCAAUUUGACCCAUACAGUCUUUUUACUAUGAAUUCCGACAAUGAGCGCUCACAAAUUCAAUGGGGAAUCCUUGAGAAUGUAAUCAGCGAGACAAUCAAGUUACUUACAUCAGAAUAUGCUUUUACUUCAGCAUCUUUUCCCGUCUCUGAGCUCGUUGAAAUUCCAUAUGCAAGAGAAAUCGUUGGGAACUCCUUUAAAAAUUAUGUUACUUCGAUCGUUGAGCAUAUAGGCGAUGAGGAAGGUGAUUUGUAUUUGAUCUUUAUUUCUGGCCUUUAUCGUCUAUGUAAGCGUUUGUUUGAUAUUCCUUAUGGUUCCCUACUUGUAGACACCAUCUUUCAAUCUCAAAUUGAUAUAUAUAUUUCCCAGGAGCUACAUAAUUUCAAGAUUGUCGCACAAUCUGUGGUAGAUCAAUGGGACAUGUCUAUACGAGAAAAGGAAGGUGCUACUGAGUCUUUCUUUUUCAGGAAUGUCGGUCAAAACACUGCAAAGAAUAAUUUCUUGGAAACUUUCAAGAACGUUAUGCUGCUUCCUGUUUCCUUGUUUUCUUUCCCUUCUGAAAACAAUGAGCAAACAAACUCAAGUCGGCAAGAUCAAAUUUCUAAAAAACCUGAUUUGUAUGAUGGUUUGGAUAAUCUAGAUCCCUCAAGAUUUGUGCCGUCAAACGUAUAUGUUUCGCAAGAUCAAUUAUCACAUCUGCCUACUACAGAGUUGGCAGCCCAGGCUGCCGUUUUGGAUUCAAAAUUGGAAGGUAUAAGUAACAUGUUCAGUUUAGAACUUGCCUUAAAAAUAGUGCAUUUAUGUAAAAUCAGUCUUGCUCGAUCCAAAAUUUUCCUUGGCAUCUCAAACAGCCAAGAUGAAGAUAUCCAAGCUUUGCAGAAAGACCUCUUUGUUCAGUUAUUGAGACAAUUGGGCCAAGGGCAUCUUAAACAUGGAUUCGACCGAGCUAUCGAACAUCUAUCUUUGUUCGAUCCUAGAAAAGACUUUUCUAAUAAUACCGUUGAACCUAUUGUUAAAUUUCUUGAGCUCAUCACCGUUGGUGAUAUGAUCCAGCAAAUGAUGGACACCUUCUAUAAUGAAGAAAUGAGUUCAAUCUGCGUUCGAGAUGAUAUGUUUGAUCCGGCGAUUGCCGAAAAAAAAAAAUUUGAACAACUGUUGGAUGAAAGAGCUGCAUUUGGUCUACAUAAAGGAAUUGAUGUCAUUAUCGAGCAUGUUGACUUCUUGCUGGAAUCGAAGACGCCUAUAAACUAUUUCUCCCCUCAGUCUAUUGGUCUUACAAAUACGAUGGUUGAACCCUCGGUGGCAGCGAAAAGUAUUACUCAAUUUUUGCGUACUCAUAUGAAGCUUCUAGUGGGCUGUACAGAUCAUGAGAUCUUGGACUUAUUCUACAAAGAGAUAGGAAUGCGUUUAUUCAAUUCAUUGACCCGUUAUAUAAAGCAACGUAAAUUUACUGUUGAAGGAGGGUUGAUGCUUUUGAGUGAUUUAAACGUCUAUUACGAGUUUGUGGUUUCAUUGAAACAGCGUGCAUUGUUACCUUACUUCAGGGCUUUAAAAGAAAUUGCACAUUUAUUCAUUAUUGAUGGCAAGAAUGCAGAAGAGAUUGGAAAACUAGCAACUGACAACUCUCGUUUUUCUACUGCGUUCCACACAGAAGAAGUUUACGAAUUCAUUCAUUGCCGAAUUGAUUGGCUCAGCAUAAAGUAUCAAGUUGACAAGGUUAUUCAUGGUUUGGCUUGCUGUAUUAUGUGA